CUGGUGUGCUGCGAGGCGCUGGAGCCCGGGGCCCCCUGCGGCCCCCAGCCCUCGGGGAGUCCCCCGGCCCCGGUGCAGGCUGACGGCUGGGAGUCCCGGGGGUGGGCCCACGCCGAGAGAAGCCGGCUGCUGCUGCAGCCAGAGGAUCUGGAGGCCCCCAAGACUCACCGCUUCAAGGUGAAGACCUUCAAGAAGGUGAAGCCCUGUGGUAUCUGCCGACAGGUCAUCACUCGGGAGGGUUGCACCUGCAAAGUCUGCAGCUUCUCCUGUCAUCGGAAAUGCCAGGCCAAGGUGGCUGCCCCCUGCAUUCCUCCAUCCAGCCAUGAACUGGUGCCCAUCAACACUGAGAGUGCACCGAAGAAUGUAGGGGACACGGGAGAAGGAGCUUUCCGGGGUGGAAACACACAGAAAAGCCUUGAGGGAGAAGUCCCCACCAGAGUCACACCGAGUGUCCAGUCCCAUCCCCAGCACACCAGAAACAUGAGUGUGAGCCGGACCAUGGAGGACAGCUGUGAGCUGGACCUGGUGUAUGUCACAGAGAGGAUCAUCGCCGUCUCCUUUCCCAGCACAGCCAAUGAGGAGAACUUCCGGAGCAACCUCCGCGAGGUGGCCCAGAUGCUCAAGUCCAAACAUGGAGGCAGUUACCUGCUUUUCAACCUCUCUGAGCGCAGACCUGACAUCACGAAGCUCCACGCCAAGGUCCUGGAAUUUGGCUGGCCCGACCUCCAUAGCCCAGCCCUGGAGAAGAUCUGCAGUGUCUGCAAGGCCAUGGACACUUGGCUCAAUGCAGACCCCCACAAUGUCAUCGUUCUGCACAAUAAGGGAAACCGAGGCAGGAUAGGUGUUGUCAUCGCGGCUUACAUGCACUACAGCAACAUUUCUGCCAGUGCCGAUCAGGCUCUGGACCGGUUUGCAAUGAAGCGGUUCUAUGAGGAUAAGAUUGUGCCCAUUGGCCAGCCAUCCCAGAGAAGGUAUGUGCAUUACUUCAGUGGCCUGCUCUCUGGCUCCAUCAAAAUGAACAACAAGCCCUUGUUUCUACACCACGUGAUCAUGCACGGCAUCCCCAACUUCGAGUCUAAAGGAGGGUGUCGGCCAUUCCUCCGGAUAUACCAGGCCAUGCAACCUGUUUACACAUCUGGAAUCUACAACGUCCAAGGAGAUAGCCAGACCAGCAUCUGUAUCACCAUCGAGCCUGGGCUGCUCUUGAAGGGGGACAUCUUGCUGAAGUGCUACCACAAGAAGUUCCGGAGCCCAGCACGGGAUGUCAUCUUUCGUGCACAGUUCCACACAUGCGCCAUCCAUGACCUGGGGGUCGUCUUUGGGAAGGAAGACCUUGAUGAUGCCUUCAAAGAUGAUCGAUUUCCAGAAUAUGGCAAAGUGGAAUUUGUAUUUUCUUAUGGGCCUGAGAAAAUUCAAGGCCUGGAACACCUGGAGAAUGGGCCAAGCAUAUCCGUGGACUAUAACACUGCUGACCCCCUCAUCCGCUGGGACUCCUAUGACAACUUCAAUGGGCAUCGAGAUGAUGGCAUGGAGGAGGUGGUAGGACACACCCAGGGGCCACUGGAUGGGAGCCUGUAUGCCAAGGUGAAGAAGAAGGACUCCCUGCAUGGCAGCACUGGGGCCCUCAACGCCACGCGUCCUGUCCUGUCAGCCACCCCCAACCACGUGGAACAUACCCUCUCUGUGAGCAGUGACUCGGGCAACUCUACAGCCUCCACCAAGACAGACAAGACUGAUGAGCCCGCCCCUGGCCCCUCCGGCGCCCCUGCUGCCCUGAGUCCUGAGGAGAAGCGUGAGCUGGACCGCCUGCUCAGUGGCUUCGGCUUAGAGCGAGAGAAGCAAGGUACCAUGUACCACACCCAACAUCUCCGCUCUCGCCCCGUGGGGGGCACUGCUGUGCCCUCCUCAGGCCGCCACGUCAUCCCAGCCCAGGUCCACGUCAAUGGAGGGACCUUGGCAUCUGAGCGGGAGACAGACAUCUUGGACGAUGAGCUGCCCAACCAGGAUGGGCACAGCGCGGGCAGCAUGGGCACACUCUCCUCUCUGGACGGAGUCGCCAGCACCAGUGAAGGGGGCUACCCAGAGGCCCUGUCCUCGCUGACCAACGGUCUGGACAAGCCCUGUCCCGGGGGACCAAUGGUCAAUGGUGGUGGCUACCCCUACGAGCCUGUUAGCCGGGCAGUGCCUGCCCAUGCGGGCCACCUGGCCCCUAUGCGGCCCUCCUACUCUGCACAGGAGGGUUUAGCUGGCUGCCAGCGGGAAGGGCCCCACCCAGCCUGGCCACAGUCAAUGACCACCUCCCACUAUAGCCAUGACCCCAGCAGUAUGUUCCGCUCUCAGUCCUUUCCGGAAACCGAGCCCCAGCUGCCUCCAGCCCCAGCCCGCGGGGGAAGCAGCCGGGAGGCUGUGCAGAGAGGCCUGAGUUCCUGGCAGCAGCAGCCUCACCCACCUCCUCGCCAGCAGGAAAGGGCCCACUUGGAGAGUUUUGGGCCCAGCAGGCCCAGCCCCCAGCCUCUGGCAGAGACCGCCAUCCCUGGCCUCCCUGAGUUCCCAAGGGCAGCCUCCCAACAGGAGAUUGAGCAGUCUAUUGAGACACUCAACAUGCUGAUGCUGGAUUUGGAGCCGGCUUCGGCUGCCGCCCCCCUGCACAAGUCCCAGAGUGUCCCAGGGGCCUGGCCAGGGGCCUCCCCGCUCUCCUCCCAGCCCCUCUCUGGCUCCUCCUGCCAGCCCCAUCCACUGACCCAGUCUCGGUCUGGCUACAUCCCCAGUGGGCAUUCCUUGGGAACCCCUGAGCUGGCUCCACGGGCCUCCCUGGAGUCUGUCCCUCCUGGCAGGCCUUAUUCACCUUAUGAUUAUCAUCCUUGUCCAGCUGGGCCUGACCAGAGUUUCUGUCCAAAGAGUCCACCCUCCUCCUCCUGCUCUGCCUUCCUUCCAACCAUCCACAGCCCUUCAGGGCCUCAGCAGCCCCCAGCCUCUCUCCCUGGCCUCAAUGCUCAGCCUCAGCUCCCACCAAAGGAUGCAACUUCAGAUCCAUCCCGAACUCCAGAGGAAGAGCCACUGAACCUGGAGGGGCUGGUGGCCCACCGGGUAGCAGUGUACAAUGCCAAGCUGCAGGGCAUGGGGCACAACGCCGGCUCCCAGCACCCUCCUCUCCACCGGCUCCGAUCUUCGUCUCUCUCCGGUGGCCUCCCGGAUCCCCUCACUUCCGGAGCCCUAGGCACGCAGUCGGACACCCAGCCCUGCCACCUGGAGCUGAGGAAUCCAGUCUUUUGGAUCUCAGGAGGCUGGAGAGAAGAGCUGGGAGUGCAGGCUCGGGAGAAGCAGCCUGCAGAACCCCCAGCCCCUCUGCGGAGGCGGGCGGCCAGUGAUGGACAGUAUGAGAACCAGUCUCCAGAACCCCCAUCCCCCCGGAGCCCUGGGGUCCGCUCCCCUGUCCAGUGCGUCUCCCCGGAGCUGGCUCUCACCAUUGCUCUCAAUCCUGGAGGGCGGCCCAAAGAGCCCCAUCUGCACAGCUACAAGGAGGCCUUUGAGGAGAUGGAGGCAACCUCCCCGACCAGCCCACCACCCAGUGGGGUGCGCUCCCCACCAGGUCUGGCCAAGACACCCCUGUCUGCUCUGGGCCUGAAACCGCACAACCCAGCGGACAUCCUGUUGCACCCCACAGGUGAGGAUGAGGGGAAGGUGGUGACAGAGCUUUCCCAAGAGCCACGGAGCUAUGUCGAGUCGGUGGUGCGGACAGCAGUGGCUGGGCCCCGAUCUCAGGACCCUGAGCCUAAGAGCUACGGCACACCAGCUGCCCAGGCCUACGGCCAUGAGAUACCCCUGAGGAAUGGGACCCUGGGCAGCUCCUUUGUCUCCCCCAGCCCCCUCUCCACCAGCAGCCCCAUCCUCAGCGCUGACAGCACUUCAGUGGGGAGUUUCCCAUCAGGAGAGAGCAGCGACCAGGGCCCCCGGACACCUACCCAGCCUUUGUUGGAUUCUGGCUUCCGCUCCGGCAGCCUGGGCCAGCCCAGUCCUUCGGCUCAGAGAAACUACCAGAGCUCUUCUCCUCUCCCUGCCAUGGGUGGUAGUUACAGCAGCCCCGACUACUCACUUCAGCAGUUCAGCUCCCCGGAAAGCCAGGCCCGGCCUCAGUUCAGUGUGGCUGGUGUCCACGCAGUGCCUGGGAGCCCUCAGGCACGCCACAGGACAGUGGGCACCAACACGCCCCCUAGUCCUGGCUUUGGCCGCCGGGCCAUCAACCCCGGCAUGGCUGCCCCUGGCAGUCCCAGUCUGGGCCACCGCCAGCCGGUGGGUCCACCAGGAACUGGUUUCCAUGGUAACAUGGUCUCCACUCCCCAGAGCAGUAUGGUGACCGCUCCAGGGAGCCCCAGCCUGGGCCGGCACGCUGGGGCUCACCAGGUCUCAGGCCUCCACAGCAAUGUGGCCACCACUCCAGGGAGCCCCAGCCUGGGCCGGCACCCUGGGGCCCACCAAGGCAACCUGGCCUCUGGUCUCCAUGGCAGUGCAAUAGCAAGCCCCGGAAGCCCCAGCACGGGCCGUCACCUGGGGGGGUCAGGAGCGGGGGUUCCUGGCAGCCCCAGCUUAGACCGGCAUGUGCCCUACGGUGGCUAUUCUACUCCUGAAGACCGGAGACCCACGCUGUCCAGGCAGAGCAGUGCCUCUGGCUACCAGGCUCCUUCCACGCCCUCUUUCCCUGUGUCCCCUGCCUACUACCCCAGCCUGAGCAGCCCCGCCACCUCCCCGUCUCCGGAUUCAGCAGCCUUCCGGCAAGGGAGCCCAACACCAGCCUUGCCAGAGAAGCGGAGGAUGUCCGUGGGAGACCGAGUGGGCAGCCUCCCCAACUACGCCACCAUCAAUGGGAAGUUGUCCUCCUCGCCUGUUGCCAGCGGCAUGUCCAGUCCCAGCGGGGGCAGCACUGUGUCCUUCUCUCACACUCUGCCCGACUUCUCCAAGUACUCCAUGCCAGACAACAGCCCUGAGACACGGGCUAAAGUGAAGUUUGUCCAGGACACUUCCAAGUAUUGGUACAAGCCUGAGAUCUCCAGAGAGCAGGCCAUUGCACUCCUAAAGGACCAGGAGCCAGGGUCCUUCAUCAUCCGUGACAGCCACUCCUUUCGAGGAGCGUACGGGCUGGCCAUGAAGGUGUCUUCUCCUCCUCCGACCAUCAUGCAGCAGAAUAAAAAAGGGGACAUGACCCAUGAGCUGGUGAGGCAUUUCCUGAUAGAGACGGGCCCCAGAGGAGUCAAGCUCAAGGGAUGCCCCAAUGAGCCGAACUUUGGGUCGCUCUCAGCCCUGGUCUACCAGCACUCCGUCAUCCCACUGGCUCUGCCCUGUAAGCUGGUCAUUCCAAACCGAGACCCCACAGAUGAGUCAAAAGAUAGCUCAGGCCCUGCCAACUCAACCACCGACCUGCUGAAACAAGGGGCAGCCUGCAAUGUGCUCUUCGUCAACUCUGUGGACAUGGAGUCACUCACUGGGCCCCAGGCCAUCUCCAAAGCCACUUCUGAGACGUUGGCUGCUGACCCCACACCAGCUGCCACCAUUGUUCAUUUCAAAGUUUCUGCCCAGGGAAUUACACUGACUGACAACCAGAGAAAGCUCUUCUUCAGACGGCACUACCCCCUCAACACUGUCACCUUCUGUGACCUGGAUCCCCAGGAGAGAAAGUGGAUGAAGAUGGAAGGAGGUGCCCCUGCCAAGCUCUUCGGCUUUGUGGCCCGGAAGCAGGGCAGCACCACAGACAAUGCCUGCCACCUCUUUGCAGAGCUUGACCCCAGCCAGCCUGCCUCCGCCAUUGUCAACUUCGUCUCCAAGGUCAUGCUGAGUGCGGGCCAGAAGAGAUGAACUCCAGCCAUUGCCCGGGGCCACGGCAGUGGGGACGGGGCCUGUGGGGAGGGGACCCCAGAAUCCUGACCACCCUUGAAUCCAGAAGGAGGACUUUGGGCCAAUUUUGGAGAAGGAGAGAAGAAAGUGCAACAUGGGGAGAGGGAAGUGAAUAGCAGAGGGGAGGGGGAGCGAGAGAGAAAGGAAGGAAGGAAGAGGUGGGAGAGAGUGGCUUGGAUUUCCCUGGGUGGGUGGAUGUUGCGAGAUCCCCGAGCCUCUAAGACCAACCAGGCCCACCCAACUCCCCCUCCACCCUCCAAGAGGGUGGAGCUCCUCAAAGGAGAUAGACCCAACCUCCCUCCUUAGGGAUCCAUAUUUUUGGUGGGGGUGGAAAAGUUCUGUUUCCCUAACCUAACUGCUUUGCAAGGAAACCAAAUGGAGAGAAUCUGUUUCAGCCGCCUCUAGGGUAGAUUGCCUAACCAAAUAGAGCCGACAUGGGACAUCGAGGGGCAGAACUUCUGUUUUGGGAUGUAUCUCAGAGCUGAGGCACCCCAGGUUUUGUCAUUCUGCCUCUAAUGUGUAGUUUGUGUGUGUGUAUGUGGGGUGUGUAUAUAUGAAUGUACCCACAUCCUCACACAUUGGUUUCUAUUUGCCUCUCAGCUAGAAUUAUAAACAGGGAUACUUGUUUGUACCCCAUGUGUUGGCAUACACAUGUGCAUACUGCCCACAGAGGUUUUGAGUUAGGUGUGAAGGGCAGAAGGGAGGGGACAUAAAGCCUUUUACCCAGGAGCACCCAAGAUUAUGGGCAACAGACUCUGGUGGGCCUGGCGUCUCCCCUGGGUGCCGCCAACCACUUCUCAGUAAAGGACCUGCUGCAAGCAUGGGGCUGGCCAGCCUGCAGCAUCGCCCUAGGCUCUGCCUUAGCCUGGGGCGGAGCAGGGCUGGGGGAGGUGGCGGCUUGGGUCCACAGCCCUGAGGAAGAGAGCCCUCAGGGAGGGUGGCCAUUGAGCUCUGGGCGUCACUCCUGCCAGCUUCCUGCCUUGGCCCGUUCUUGACCUUCACGCUCCAGACCAGCCUUAUCUCAGACUUGCCUAUCUGCAUGAUGCCUUUGGGUGCUGGGGAUCGAGCCUUCCCACCUCAGCCCUGCCCUGGUCUGUCCUGCAGGGUCCCCUUGGUGGGGCUUGUCCCCCUUACUUGCAUAAGCCCUGCCCAGCGAGGCCCAGGGGAGAUGCCUUAGCCCUUGUGCUCCCCUCUGCAGCUGUUUCGGGGACUGGCCUGUUGCUGGGCUGCGCAGGCUGUCCGCAGCAGAGCUCGGGGCUGCUCCCUCGUGCCCCACACGACCUGCCCAUGACACCAAAGCCUUGCUGCCCCUCUUCCUGCCUUGUUUCCCCAGCGAGGCCAAGCUGCCCGCGGGGCGGAGGGCAGAAGGCACCUGUUCAGGCCAAAGAGCUGAGAGUCUGCUUCAGCAACUAGGAAAACCCCUGACCUCCACCCAAGGACCCGAAACUGGGAUGGAAAGUUCACCAAGACUCCAUUCUGGAGUGGCUUCUUAAGCCUAUGGGGUCCCUUAGGGAGAGGCUUGUACUGACAUAUAAAUAUAUAUAAUAUAUAUGUGAGACAUACUGACAGAAUCUGUAAGCUAAUAAAAUAAGAGAAAAGGUAAAAAAAAAAAAAAAGAAUAGGUAAAUUGACAAGAAGUAUUUAUUGUUUCCUUAUAUUGCUUUAUUGCCUCCCUUUAAUUCCCAUCCCUUUUUAUACGUACACGUGAAGUCUGAAAUGUAGGGAACCUUUCUUUAUCCUUGGAGCAAUGGGGGGUCUCGUUGCCCUGGCCUCGGUCUUCCCUAGACCCUGUCUGGGGCCCGAGAGGUGUGCGUGUGCAUGCUCCCUGCUUUCGGCCCCCUCCUUCCCUGGCAAGCCUGGGGGCCCAGCCAUCAGCGCCCAUACAGGAGAGGGGAGCUGGCCCCUCACCACGGGCCAGAGCGAGCGUGGGAGCCUGCAGGGGACAUGGGUGUAUGUGGCGCACGUGGGUAUAUUUUCUCCUCCAAGAAGCUGUAUCUGUGUGGACAUUCUGUGUCAGGGAGUUGGAGAGAAGGGUGUCUGAAGAAGGCAGGGCCACCCCCUGUGUUCCAGAGAUUGAAACCUUGUGCUCAGUAACUGAGAUUCCUCCAAAGUGCUCUUCCUUCUGAGGCGUUCAAGCCAGAGCCCGGAUUCCCCUCUCCUCCUUCGCUGUCUACCCCGACCCUCUUCCCAGAGAGGAGACAUCCCGCCCGCUUCCUUUGUAAAUAUCUUCCUCUCCCACUGGUUGUGGCCCAGAGACUCUCCUCCUGGUGUGGAUAUCCUCUCCGCCCUUGAGGCCGGGUGGAGUGUCAGACCCUUUGGCCUCCAGACUUGGGCCCGAGUCUGGGGUCAGUCUUCACGUGAGCUUUCCCACCACGCCCAGCAGCCCCCCUCCCAGGCGUGGCCAGCCUACCCCUCUUAGGCCUGAGCCAUGUGUGAGCCUGGGAAGGCCCCACGGAUGCUGGCAAGCUGAUCUGUUCACUGCUGGGCGCUCCCUGGGAGGAUUUGGUUUCUGGAGUUUGGCCUUUCCAGAAGCAUGAGGGGAAGGGGUGCCCAGUUUUCACAGCAGCCCCACCUUUGGGACAGACACUGGUUGGGAAGACACCGUAGCCUCCCAUGUUUCACAGGUUAGGACCAUGCACUUAUGUGCACGCAAACACACACACACACACACACACACGGCACUGCAGUAUAUUCUUGCCAAAGAUUUCCUUUAAAAAAAAGCACUUUUAAUAAUCACUGUUAUUAUUGUGUAAGUGUUUUAUCCUUUUCUCUCCUCCCCCAACCUUUUUUGCCGUGGCUGAUUGCUGAACCUGCUUGUCGGCCAGGAGAGCGCUGUCUGGUCUUGACAACAGGCCGGUGGGGAGGGUCUGGGAGUAGCUGGCCAGGAAGAACCAACAGGAGAGGCACGGGCAGUCACCGAGCAGCCCUGUGGACCAGAGAGGCUCAGGCUCAGCCCCAGGCCCAGCCUGCCUCCCUCUGUCCAGCCAGGCCUCUGAGGCGGGCCCGGGGCCUUGCUGCGCUGGCCGGUAUGGCGUCUGGAGGGAAGAGGGCAGGGAAGUGACACUCUCUGAUUCAGCAGGGAAAGAGGCCCAGUGAGGUCCAUGUGGCUCUCCCCUUGGGACUCGAUGGGAGAACUGAGCCUGGGAACAAUGGGGUGGUGACCCCAGAGGGGAAAUAGGAAGGAAGUGAGCUGUUUGAUCGCCUCCAGGGGUGACGAGAAUGCCGCUGCCCUGUGAUCUCCGUGUUCUGGCUCCCUUAUCUAGCCAGGUGUUUGAGGGACAGAUACAUUGUGUUCUAGGUUUAGGAAAGGCCUUUUGACCCCUAUCAUCAUCAGAGCCUGCCCCACAAGCUCUGAAAACUUGUGGACUGCCAGCAGUUCAUCUCCCCUGGGUUUUGAGGAAUCCCCGGGUGUGUCAGAGGGCAGGAUAAGGCUGGGGGUGUCAAGUGGCUGUGUUACUGUUACAGGGAGCCGCUGGCUGGACACAGAUGAGCCUUAUAAAGGGGCAGCUGGGAGAGAGCAGGGCAGGGCAUUCCUCUGCCCCACUCUGAUUGUCCCGAGCCAAGGUUGGGUGGGCCCCUCACUCUGUCCAGGGGGCUGGAGGUGGAGGGCUGUGUAAGUGGAACAUCAUUUAUGCCCUGGCUGCAUGUCCACCACCUUUGCCUCCCAGGUCUUCUCCCCUUCUUUGGAUUUUCCCAGCUUCAGGAUCUGGGGAGGUCCAGUGGGCCAGUGUCCCCUCCAAGGGCUGCCUCCUGCCCCACACCUCCCCGCACUCAAGGUCCUCGAAGAGAUCACAGUCUGGAAGCCACUCUUCACCCAGGUCCUUCACCCAAGGCCGGGCCCCGGAAUCCUGAGACUGGAGUCCUCUCACCAGUAGUGACACAGGACGUGUGUGCGUUCGUGUGUGCAAGUAUGGGUGUAUGUGCAUGAAUAUUUUGCUCGUCUCUUUAGGGAUUGUGGGAGUGGGGGUCAAAGGUGGUGGGCAAUGGGAUGUCAAGUUCAAUAUCACCCAGCAGUGAAAGGAACUAGGAGGCGGGGCCUAUGGGGCCCCAGUUGGUGGAAUCUCAGCAUUGGUGAUGGUGAGGGUCUUCUGCACGAGAGCGGUUUGGGAAGAUCUGGGCCUUCUUGGGUCCUCUGAUGUCUGAAGUGUGUGGGACUUCUGUACUUCCCACACCUGGGCUCCUCCCAGCAGCGAGGUAAUUAUAGAGGGACCUCCCAAGUUUGAGAAUCGGUGUUAAAACAGUUUGUGAGACUCUCCUGUGUGUCCAUGUUUGGUUUGUGUGUGUGAGAGAGCACCUCUAUCUGUGCAAGCUGUUUUCCCAUUUUUCUGUCCUCCUCUUGACAUGUCAUUGAAAAAUAAAUGUAAGAAAUUCCUUACAACCCUCCCCUGUCCCCACCCCUGUCUCCCAAGCCCUUAGCAGGAAAAACAGAAUAAUUCAGUAUGGUCCCCAUCCUCUGGCUGUGUAUUUAUAUAGAUGGAAAUAUACUUUCUAUUUUGUAUCAUUGUGCCUAUAACCCUUGCCACCUUGUAUAAACCCUGAUGUAUGCUACUUACCCUGGAUAUGAAUGUAUUGUACACUGAUGCCACCCACUCUGUACAGCUGCCUAGUUCCUUUGCGACCCAUUGUAUGGCUUUAUAAAUGAUAAAGUGAAAGAAAAAUC